AUGGCGGCGGCGCACCCAGCUGGCGAGGAUACCGUAGAGCUCAACGAGCUCGCCCCGCUGGUCAUCGUCGAAGGCUUCCUUGGAGGCUUCGGGAGCAUCCUCAAGGGUGCCUUUGAGACGCACCUCAACGUCGAUAGUGGUCCGCGGCAUAGACGAGCCAUCUUCGCCAGUGUCGGACCUGUCAGCUCGUUGCAUGACCGCGCAUGCGAGUUAUACUACGCUAUAGUGGGCGGGACAGUUGACUACGGAGAACAGCACGCCCGGAGACACAAGCAUGCCCGCUAUGGUCGUACGAUCGAGAAGGGAUUGUACCCUCAGUGGUCCAGAGAGCGACCUUUACAUUUCCUCGGGCACUCCAUGGGAGGACCCACUAUUACGAAGAUGCAAUGGCUACUAAAGAAGGGGCAUUUCGGCAACGGUUCCAGUCCCGACAUGGUACUGUCUGUUACUGCAGUGUCCGCUGCCUUCCGUGGUAGCCCCAUCACCUACACCCUUGGCUCAUCCACGCGCAACGCCCCCUGCGUCCGUCCGUUCUCCUUCGGCUCCCUCCUCGCCAAGACUAUCCACAUAUUCUCCUACCUAUCCCCCAUCCUCCCCGCCCCCUCCUCGUUCUAUCUCCUCUCACCCUUCGACUUCCACAUAGACUCACGGCGGAGCUCGCUCACCUGCCGGCACAUCGGUGUCAAAGAGCUCAUCCAACAGAUAUGGAAGAGCGACUGGGCAGAGAGCCGGGAUUGCGCACCGUAUGAUGUAACGUUCGAAGCUGUUGACGCGCGAGAACGCCUUGUCGACGGGAAUGGGGAAGGGAUGCCAUGCGAAACGACGUUCUACCAGAGCUAUGCCACAUGUAUGACGGAGAAGGUGCACCCUGACAGCAGUAUGCAUGCGCCUGCGUCCCUCCUCCCUCACCUCGUACAUCCACCGCUCUACCUGGGCGCUAAGAUCAUCGGUUCCUUUGAUUACUCCGUCAUCCGCCCCGUCCCUUCCUUCUUCCCCCAGUCCCGAAGUGAAGACGGAGAAGAUGCCACAUCCAUAAAUGCCGACAUACUCUUCCCGGCCGGGCCAGGACCCUCUGGCUCCGACAGUGGGUCAGAGUUCGACAUCGAAGGAGGUGUGCGUUCGGCGCCCCAUGCCAAUAAACAGGAAAUGGGGGAAGAGUAUUGGGCAAACGACGGCGUCGUACCGUUAUUCUCCCAGUGGCACCCCCAUGCUUGCAGGUAUGUUCAAUUCUCCCUCGUCACUCUACGACUCUCAUGA